AUGAUACAGAGCACGCGUCGCUGGUUCAGGCGCAAUCGCACAAACUUUGCCAUCGGUGCCGGAGUGCUCGGAGCUGGUUAUCUGGCGGGGCAGUAUGUCCUGGGCAAGCUUGGGGAGGCGAGACAGCGUAUGAGCGAUGAUCGCAUCGCAAAGGAGAAUCUCCGCCGUCGCUUCGAGCAGAACCAGGAAGACUGUACUUUUACGGUCCUCGCCAUCCUUCCCACUGCGACGGAGAACAUACUCGAUGCCAUCCCCGUCGAGCAAGUCUUGGAAGAGCUGCAAAAGCAAAAGGCAGAGCGAUUGGCAAGGAGCGUUGGUCCCAGCGAGAUUGCAAGUUCAGCGCCACCAAGUGUCGCAGACACUGCCGACGAUGAGGCCAAAAGCUCCAGCCUCCAGACGGAUAGCUUCAUCCACGCCAGCCAGAUCGCUACAGGAGACCAUGACGCCGCCGGCCCGGCUGAGGGCGGACCCGAGGCCAGCGCCGAGAAGAAGCCAAAAAAGACAAAGGCACAGCUAUGGAAUGAGAUGAAGAUUAGUUCCAUAACCCGUGCCUUUACCCUUCUCUACACCCUUUGCCUCCUUACACUUCUUACGCGAAUUCAAUUGAACCUCCUUGGCCGCCGCAACUAUCUCGCCUCAGUUGUUUCUCUUGCUGCGCCACAGCCAACUGCCGAGGGCUCGCGCAUCAACCUCGAGAACCACGACGACGACAACUUUGAACAGGCCUAUGGCAACGACUUCGAGACAAACCGGAGGUACCUUAGCUUGAGUUGGUGGUUGCUCCACAAGGGAUGCUUGGACCUGAUUGAAAAAGUGAGGACUGCAGUCCAGGAAGUCUUCGGUCUCCUCAACCCGAGGGAAGAGAUCACCUUGGAGAAACUGUCGGAGCUUACUUUGGAGGUUCGUAAGAGGGUUGAAGGUGCUACUGAGGAAGAGCGAAGGAGAAGCAAAUGGCUUCCCUUUCUCCUCCCGCCCCAAGACCAGGAGGACUACGUUCUGCGCGAGUCAGGGAUGACUUCAUCCUCUGAGUCCACCUCACCUACCACGGCUACUUCUCUUCGUCGCCUUAUUGACGAGACUUCUGAUUUGAUCGACUCACCUGCCUUCACCCAUGUGCUCACUCAACUUCUCGAUGCGGCCUUUUCUCAUCUCGUUGACGACAAGAUUUCUCAUCUCUCAUACAAGAUCCCGCCUGUUUCGGACAGUCACGCUCGCAUAACAGAGAUUGUCGGCAGUGACGUAAAGGCCAAAGUUGCCAACAGUCUUGCCGUCUUCUGUCGACAAGCACAUAGCAUUGGUAGUGGGGCAAACAACGAGUAUCUGGCCGCUAUCGAAUCUGUAGGUGGCUUGGAGGCAUUUGCAGCCGUGGUGUACUCGAGCAAUUUUGAGUACGAGAGCCCGGAGGCAGUGACUUCUUACCAGCCCCCUGCGGCAGAAGAGCAACUACCAAAGGCGACUCCCGUCAAUGAUGCAGCUGUCCAGAAUAACGUGGCCAAUGGUAGUAGUGAGAAGGUGGAUGAUCCUUUUGAGAGCGCCUGGGGCAAGGCGCUUGCCAAAGAAGACGGAUUACAAUAUUAA